UAGAUAGAUAUGAAGAACAUAUAUUAUAUAUUCCUAUUAAAUUUGUGAGUGGAAGACAUAAGCAAAUUAGGAAAAAUAAGAGAAAGUCAAAAAAAGAAGCCAUAAUUACCAAUUUACUUCCCAAUGGAUCUUGACCAGAACCAAGCUAACAUUGUUUCCCCUGAGCGUUCAAGACCAAAACCUACCCGUGAACGUUCAAAACGGAAACUUACCCCUGAACCUUCAAGUCCAAAACCUACUUGUGAACGUUCAAAACGGAAACCUACCCCAGAGAGUUCAAAUCAGACACGUAUCCGUGACCGUGAGUAUUAUAAUUAUACAAGACGGAUACCUCAGAAUGUUGGGGCGCAGAUCAUCAAAAUCGAUAAAAACUAUUUUAUGAAGACGGUUCUUCGCCUCACCGGCUGUCCUCAGAAACGUCAUCUCGAUAUGUUCCGUCCUCGACCACUUACUGUUGACAAUCGCCGGCCAAGUAUCAUUCAUACGACUACUGUACAUAAUCCAUUCCUCACUGACGUGACCACCUCAGCUGUUGCAUCCUGGUCUCGAACGUCUCGGCCGUCUCUACUGUCCCAACCAUUGUUUCCGCCACCGGUUUUGCCUCGAGAGAAAGAAGCGAGGGAAGCUAAGAUGGCUGCUACCUUGAAGAACUUUGAGAAUAAUCUGAUGGAAGACGAUACGAACCAGGAACAGUUCUCUGGGUUGUGGUCUCCGUUGGCUUCUUUGGUCCCAAAUGGUGAUGUGCACCAACAACGUGAGAGCAUUCCACCACCACCACCACCGGUUCCUGUUUUGCCAGAUUCUCGAAACGAUCAAGGAUCAGAGAACAUUCCACCACCACCAAUUCCGACGAGUGCACCUGUCGGAUCUUUAGAAUGGUAUAGGUCUUCUAUCAAUCUAUUGAAGAACAGUCCAAUACCAUCGGUUCCAACGAGUGCACCGACCGGAUCAUUAGACAUGCCAAGUGCUCCGAACGGUCUACUCUCUUCGGCCUUGUCGCCUCCAAUUCAACCAGUUUCAGAGACUUUACCGUUGUGGAGUGUAGACUUUCCCAAUCCUCUCAGUGAUAUACGAGAGGAGAACGUUCCACCACCAGCUCCUGUGACUUCCUCGUUAUGGAGUCAAGAGUGGCCCCAUUUUUCCAAUGAUCUACAACUUGAGAACGUUUCGGCAACUUCAUUGUUCGGGAGUCAAGACUUGCCCAAUUCUACGAACGAUCAACAACUGGAGAACGUUCAACCAUUGGUUCCAGCGACUUCACCGUUAAUAAAUCUAGACUGGCUCAACGAUCCUUUGAACGAUCUUCAAAGGGAGAGCAUUCUCCUGGAUUGGCCCUAUUCACCGACCAAUAUAACUUUCCCGACCUUCAUGUUGUCUCCAACCUUUCUGCCUUCGCCAACGACCGGGCUGCUUCCAAACAUUAACUAGUGUUUCUUUUUUCCUUUCAUCGUUGGUGUUUUUCGUUUUUAUUAACUUCUGCUGCUUUUGGGUCUGGUGG